CAUAUGGGAGCCAGAACCUGAAGUACGUGGGCGUGAUCCUACAGCGGAGUGCACUCAUUCUGCUCCUCUGCUGCUUCCCCUGCUGGGCGCUGUUUCUCAACACCCAGCACAUCCUGCUGCUCUUCAGACAAAACCCGAAUGUGUCCAGGCUUACCCAGACCUAUGUCACGAUCUUCAUUCCAGCUCUUCCUGCAACCUUUCUUUAUAUGCUACAAGUUAAAUAUUUGCUCAACCAGGGAAUUCUACUGCCCCAGAUCGUAACUGGAGUUGCAGCCAACCUUGUCAAUGCCCUCGCCAACUAUCUGUUUCUCCAUCAGCUGCAUCUUGGGAUGAUAGGCUCUGCAGUGGCAAAUUUGAUUUCCCAGUACACCCUGGCUCUACUCCUCUUUUUCUACAUCCUUGGGAAAAAACUGCAUCAAGCUACAUGGGGAGGUAACGACUGCCCUUUUGUCUUCCAACUGGGACGUGGGUUUUGUCUCGGGUUGAAUUCCAGCCCGAUGGCCAGAUCUCCUGGAAAUGUGUGUGUCCCGCCCACAGGUUGGUCCCUCGAGUGCCUGCAGGACUGGGCCUCCUUCCUCCGCCUGGCCGUCCCCAGCAUGCUCAUGCUAUGCAUGGAGUGGUGGGCCUAUGAGGUCGGGAGCUUCCUCAGCGGCAUCCUUGGCAUGGUGGAGCUGGGCGCUCAGUCCAUCGUGUAUGAACUGGCCAUCGUUGUGUACAUGGUCCCUGCAGGCUUCAGCGUGGCUGCCAGUGUCCGGGUAGGAAACGCUCUGGGUGCUGGAGACAUGGAGCAGGCACGGAAGUCCUCCACCGUUUCCCUACUAAUCACAGUGCUCUUUGCUGUAGCCUUCAGUGUCCUGCUGUUAAGCUGUAAGGAUCAUGUGGGGUACAUUUUCACUACCGACCGAGACGUCAUUAAUCUGGUGGCUCAGGUGGUUCCAAUUUAUGCUGUUUCCCACCUCUUUGAAGCUCUUGCUUGCACGAGCAGUGGUGUUCUGAGGGGGAGCGGAAAUCAGAAGGUUGGAGCCAUUGUGAAUACCAUUGGGUACUACAUGGUUGGCCUCCCCAUUGGGAUCACGCUGAUGUUCGCAACCAAACUUGGAGUGAUGGGUCUGUGGUCAGGGAUCAUCAUCUGUACAGUCUUUCAAGCUGUGUGUUUUCUAGGCUUUAUUAUUCAGCUAAAUUGGAAAAAAGCGUGUCAGCAGGCUCAGGUACACGCCAAUUUGAAAGCAGAUGUGGCUCGGAGUGGGAAUUCCGCUCUCCCUCAGGACCCAUUUCACCCAGGGUGCCCUGAAAACCAAGAAGGAAUUUUAAUGAACGAUGUUGGAAAGACGGGCGAGACUCAGUUGGAUCAGCAGAUGCGCCAAGAAGAACCUUUGCCAGAACAUCCACAGGACAGUGCUAAGUUGUCCAGGACACAGCUGGUGCUGCGGCGAGGGCUUCUGCUCCUGGGGGCCUUCUUAAUCCUGCUGGUGGGGAUUUUAGUGAGAUUCUAUGUCAGAAUUCAGUGACGUGGCAGGAAAGAAAGUCAGGUCAAGUGAUGCUUUUUGAGCUUACACACAAUUCACAGGCCCACCAGUGACAAUUUACUUUGAGUUAAUGUCAUUCAGGUGUGCCCAUGGAUUCUGAAGGUUGGGAAUGCAAAGAUACAUUUCUCUAAAAAAAGAAAACGCAACUAAGGUUAAAAGCUAUAUUGUGGCCCCAGACACUGUCUGAAAGAUGACAUGAGUAAUAUAAUUCACCACUCUCUGAACCAAGGACCAUUGGCCAAUGGCUUUGCUAUUUUUUUAGACACAAACCCAUAAACUCAGUGCUUAAGAAUUCAUACUGCCUGAAUUAUGUAAAAUAUAUUUUACAAUAUGUCUUUCCUUGGGCCUUAGAUUACUAUUCACUGGACAAAUGGUAUUUGUUUUUAAUUUUUUUUUUUUUAAUAGACGGAAGUCUUGCUCUGUCACGCAGGCUGGAGUACAGUGGUGCGAUCAUAGCUCACUGCAGCCUCAAACUCCUGGGCUUCAAGCAAUCCUCUUCUGUCAACCACCAGAGUAGCUGAGACUUCAGGGGUGUGCCACCAUGCCCAGCUGGCAUUUGUUAAUCUUCAUUUGAGGUCUAGAUCUAGGCACUGUGGGCACUGAAAAACAGUCGGGAAAUCUUCGGAGCUGUGGAAAUCCAAACAAGGACUGAUAAUUCCUGGUAGGGGUGUGUGCGUGACCUACUGCAGCCUCAACCUCCUGGGCUCAAGUGAUCCUCGCAUCUCAGGCUGGUCUCUAACUCCCGACCUCAGGUGAUCUGCCUGCCUCAGCCUCCCAAACUGCUGGGAUUACAGGCAAGAGCCAUCAUGCCUGUAACCCUGUGAAUUUUAAUGGAGAGGGCUUCCCUGUGAAGUUUAAUGGAGAGGGCUACCUCUCCUGA